AUGGCGUCACAACCACCAAUUCCUCCGCCAGCUCCCAAGCCGUUGCCACUUGGGUAUGAGUCACCAAAAGACAAGGCAUAUCGCAAAUUGGUUGAACAGCCAUUGGUUCCUAUUGGAAUCGGUGCGACGAUUAUAGCGCUCACACGCGCAGCCAUGGAGAUUAGAAGGGGUAACAGCAGAGCAGCGAACAAGUUCUUCAGAUACAGAGUCUAUGCGCAGGGAGCCACCGUUGUCGCAGCCGUUGGCGGUAUGUGGUACUAUGGUACAGCGCAGGAGCAAAAGGGCGCUAGAAUAGAGAGGGAUCGAUUGGCCCGAACGGCUGAAUUUGAGAAGAGACUUGAUGACCUCAAUCAGGCUGGCGUAGGCGAACAAGCGAUGACUAGCUUCCGGAAACACGCUUCUGAAGCUGAUAAACGCAAGGUUAGCACUAUUGCUGAUCUUGAUCUCACCGGCACUUCCUGGGACAAGUUGCCGGCUGAAACUGCCCCUGCGUCCGAGAAAACACCCGAGAAGACACAGCAAGUCAACACAAGCAACCCACCUAUGCCAACAUCAGGGAGAUUCUCACAGAAAGAUCCAUUGGCUUCGAAUAGAGGAGGUAAAAGCGAGUAA